CCGGCCAGCUGGGGGAGCGCGCGGGCCUCUCCUCGGCGCCGGACGUUGCGCGGGUUCCGGCGCCCGCGGAGAUGAUGCCGGCGCGGAGGUCUCUGGCUGCGGAAUCCAUCGCCAGACGGGCGUCGCUCCUCUCCCGGCAGCGCUCCCGGGCAGGCCUGCGCCGGCGGCUACGGUCUAGGGCACCGCGCGGCCUCGCAGGCGUGGAGCCGCCGCCGGGCAAGAGCGCGGCGGGCGGAGGGCGGCGCGGACACGAGGCGGCCGAGAGCGCGGUUUGUGCCCCAGUGCCCGGAGAGAAGCGCAGCGGUCGGAGAGUGACAGGUGAGAUGGCAGCCGUGGAGGGCAGCCAAGUGUCCAGCAGUUGGUACGACAGAGCAGCCCCAGGGCUGAGGCAGCAACUGACCAGGAAACAAUGGAGAAAUCAGCAGAAGAACAAGCGGCGGCAGAAGAACAAAUUCAAGGCCUCCAACGGUCAGCCUCCGGCAUCUUCUGAAGCAGAGGAGCCUCCUGAUGAUCAGGGAAGCCUGACCCCAGAUACCGAGGUGCCCAGCAGGCAGACGCCGUCCCUGCGGCAGCGUCUGGAGAGCCGCCUGGAUGCCGCUCGCUUCCGCUACAUCAACCAGCUGCUGUACACACACUCCAGCCAAGAGGCAGCCCAGCUUUUCCAGGAGGACCCUGAGGCUUUAGCUGUCUACCACCGAGGUUUUGCCCUGCAGGCAGCCCGCUGGCCCGAGCGACCCGUGGAACACUUUGUGCACUACCUUCGCCGCAGACCGGCCUCCCUGGUUGUAGCCGACUUUGGCUGCGGGGAUUGCACCCUGGCUCGCAGCCUGCCUAACCGGGUGCACUGCUUCGACCUGGCGGCCCUGGACCCGCGGGUGACCGUCUGCGACAUGGCCCAGGUGCCGCUAGAAGACGCCUCCGUGGACGUGGCCGUCUUCUGCCUGGCGCUGAUGGGCACCAAUCUGCGCGAGAUCCUGCAAGAGGCUCACCGCGUCCUGCGAGCCGGGGGGACGCUGCUGGUGGCCGAGGUGGCGAGCCGCUUCGCGGACCUCCGGGCCUUCCUGGGGGCGCUGGCCCGGCUGGGCUUCCGGCUGAUCUCCAAGGAUGUCUCGGGCAGCCACUUCUACAGCUUCGAACUGCGCAAGACCGAGCGGGCGGCGAAGGCGGCGGAGGAACCGCGCGGACUGGCGCUGCGGCCCUGCCUCUACAAGCGCCGUUGACCAAUAAAGGCCCGUCUUGUUUGGCGA